CCCGGAGCUCGGGCAGACCGGUGCUGCAACGGGCUUAAAAAGCGAGCCGAGUCCUAGGCGGCCGAGCAUCAUGGUGCGAUAUAGCAAACACGCUGCAGUAGCUACGCGAAUGGGCUUUGCGUGACUGCGCAUCGGAGUCACAGGGCAUGGGUCGCACAGCGGUCGUAAGGCGGCACGUUGGAACAAACGAAACCUCCCUCGGAUGCCGGACUGGGCUGUCGCCACGAGCCCGCCACAGCGCAGCGACCGCGGCGGCCCAUGGCUUCCUUCGGUUCUUGCUUACCGGCCCAACAUGUGCUCAAGACCGCACUUCCCCGGCAGCCAUCACCAGGCCAUCGCUCUUUUCUCCAUCAUCAACAUCAACCCCGAUCUGCUUCACGGGUGCACAAGCCAGCACCGAGAUACCAAGGAUCUCUUGCAAGAGCUCUGUGAAGGCGUUAUCCACUACAUCUUGUCGCUCGACGAGCGCUUCCGCUUCGAGCACAAAGUCGUCUUCGCCGCAGUCAACAUUGCUCUCCGUGCCAUCCUCAAACCUGAAAAAUGGGCCAUUUUUGAGCCGACCAGGGAGGUGCUCUACGCGAAGGUCGGCAGCGCAUGUCUUGACAUGGCACUCGGCCUCACUGCAGUCCACAGAGCCAUCGUUGAGGCGAUGCUGGAGACCGCAGUCAUGGAUACAGAUCGCCAGCUCUCCAUGGACAGCAUUCUCAGCACACGGGCGAGCAUCCUGCACCGCAUUGGCCACUGCGUCAACGGCUCAACCCCAAUCCACUUCCUCGACUUUGUGUAUCCUCCCGAUUCGCGCACCCCCUUGGAGCAAUACAUACGCUUCGAAGUCUUGCGUGUCCUCCGGGCUGCACUGGUGGAGCCGUCUUUCUUCUCUUGCUCUGCGAGCCAGAUGGUGGCUGCGGCAGUCUCUGCAACGUGGCGGCCUCGGUUCGGAAUCCCCUGGGCGGAGCCGCUCGAUUCCCUUCCUGGUCACCAUUACGAAGAAAUCAAGUGGAUAGCGGACCUUCUGUAAUGUCGCAAGUGAGUUGCGGGGUGCGGUGAUUCCCGGCUCAUACUCUCUACAUGAAUGUCUUAUGUGUAUGGGAAGGACGUUCGUAAAACAAUGUCAAGGGUACCCAUAGAUUUCUUGCCCUACGGAACCUCCUCGCCGCGGUCUGGGAAGGUGAGACAUAGUGUCUGGCAGUGUAGGUGCGGGCCAUUCGUAGGCGAAUCGACAUUUGUAUGUACAUAAAGCUGGUCAAUGUAUCUCUCGUUUAGUUACACUUCCUGUCAAGAAUUUGCCCG